AUGUACAGCGAUCCCGCUUCUGAUCCGUACGCCACUGUCCGAUCCACCAACUCGCACAGGCAUGGCCACCAAUCAGUUGGCUCGCAAGGCAUCUUUACGCCCUUGGAGACGCGAGACGAGUGUCCCUCGCACGAGGCUGGGAUAUCAAGCCUUGAUGACGAGGAGCUGCUGUUGAAGCAGCCAAUACACCAAGCUGGCUCAGCCUUGCCGGUUUCCAAACCGAGCUACAUUCACCGGCUUCUGCCCUCUGGCUCAGAGCACAAAGCCCGGCAGGAGGCGAUCGCGCAUCACCGAUGGUCAUCGUGGACCGGAACUACUGCUUUUCAUUCGCACUCUGGCAGCGAUCACGACGACACUGAUCAUGAUCGAAGUGGCAUGUCUCUUGACGAGGAUUGCAUGUCGUCCUCUAUGAGCGGCUCCAGACGGCCCUCGGCAGACUUUUUCGGAGCCGAGUACACCAGUCAGGUCUACACCGAUGCCGACAACAGCAGAACGAGUGCAGAAAGCGCUAGCAGCGCAGGUGUAGCGAAGAGGAGGCGGCGUCAUUCGGGAGAAGAGUUGUGGAACAGAUCAAUUGAGCCUAGUCCGAGUCGCGUCUCCCUACCACCCGAAAUUGUCGAGUCUCUGCCGUCACAAGCCAUGCAUGACGACGAAGCAGCUCUAGAUGCAGCAAUCGACUCUACUGCACGGGCAUUUGAGCAAGCAACGGCACUCUUGCGAUCCACUUUCUCAGCGCAGCAGGAUUUGGUGCGCUUCCGAGCAACGCAGGAGGUUCUUGGCGAUUCCAUGGCGCUUCACGAGGCAAGGCUGAUGCAGCAGAUAGCGCAGAAUCGACACGCGAAGGAAUUGGUCGCGAAGGCGACGUCUGAUAUCAGCGCCUUGGUGCCUGCUUCCCGGCGAGUGGCUGCGGCAAAUGGAAGCUCAGCGCCUCGGCCCACUCAUUGGCGUUUGCCCAGCUUUGGUGCGGCGCCCAUGGUCGCGCCUCCUACUCACAGUCGGAAUGAGAGCGCAGGCGCUUCGUGGUUGAAAGCGAAGGACGUAGAUGCUACGAUUGGCAAGUCGGCUGCCAAAAGGCUCGAGAAAGCCCUCUCAGCGAGCGCUGCUGCCGCAGCCGCGGCAGCAGCAGCAGCCGACGAUUCUACCACCCAGGAGCAGCUGUCAUCCGCGAGAGGCGAAGGAGGCGACGAUGCGGAGGAAGGCAUGCAUGACUCUCCAGCUCUUUCCGCAAGCUCGCCCAUGAUGCCAAAAUUGCACUCUCGCGCGCCCUCCGUCGCUUCGCUCGUCGCAACAGAUGGUGCACCCCCUCCAACAUUCGCCGAAGCCGCACCAACAUUACCAACGCACAGGCGCAGCUCGAGCAGCAGUGGAUCUGCUGCUGCCGUUCUCGCCGCCCUAAAUGGAGGGCACAGCCACCCUGCCCAGCCUUUCGAUCCUAUCCGUGAGGUGAAACAGAUUGGUGAGAGCUCGGCGCAACGCGUGCCAUCCACAGAUCCUGAGACUUCUGAAUCGACAGAUAAAGGCAGUGCAAGCAGGCCAGGAGAGACUCCCGCCACCCAAAAUCUCGCGCGCAAUCGCAUGCCCAAAGGGAUGGGCUUGAGGUUGGUCUCGAUGCCUUCGAGUCUUGCCCCUGCCAUUACAUCUUCGGCCUCUUCUGCUGAGCACUCGCCGCUGUCGCCGCCAAGUCCCGGCAGCUCGGCAUAUCUCAACUUGAUUGCAAAUUCCGCGAAUGGCCAGUCAGCAGCGUCGGGCAGUAAGUCGCCCACGGGCUAUUUCAAUCCUUACCUUCGAAAGUCAAGGGAUAGAGGGGAUCGAACGGGAUCACGUGCCAGCUUGGCCAGCUUGGGAAGUCUUGCUAGCAUCGACGAGAGGCUAGCUUCACCUUCACCUACAACACUCAGUCGCCCCACCUCAGCAUUGGGAGUCGCCUCUUCUGUCGCGGCUCACGCAGGUUCAAUCGACGCGCGAACCAGCGCGGCACUUCCACUCAACCCGAACCGAACCUCUCGAACGACGCUGACCCCAGCGAUGGCUGCUCUGUCUGCGAAUGCGGGUCGCCGCGCUGUUUCUGGUGCCUCUAGCGCAUCUUCGGCCUCCAUGUCGUCGCAAGCUACUCUUAAACCGAGCGCGAUUUUGCGAGCUGCAGCCUCGUCGCCCAUCGACACCAGUGCCGCGAUGGACUUCUCUUCUGAAACGGGCUUUGAUGGGGACUCGGAUACAAGCGCGCGACUUGGUUUCGAAUCAGAGACGGAUAGCGGCGAAAUGUCGACGACACAUGUCGCUUCACUUUCUCCCUUUUCUGCUCAUGAUCGAAGUGGUCAGCAUGGACUCCUCGGCCCUAGAUCUCCCAAUUUCGCGCCUCAUCGCUCGCCCAGACUGUCGCGAGCGAAAGGCCGGGGCCAGCAUUCGGCCUCCAGCUCAAUCUCUGAGUCUGCUCAUGGCUGGCUCAGCGCCGGCGUCCACGGUUCGUCCUCAGAAUCCGAGGAUGGCGACAACUCGGACGGACAAUCGGGGUAUCGUCAAGUGCGCGAUGCGGCUUCGCGAGGUCAUCGGCGCAAACGAUCAGCGACGGGCUCCAAGGGCGCUCUUGCCGCCCUUCGCAGACUGAACGGUGCCUCUGCAGUGGCAGGCGAAGGUCUCGUGCCGCACGUCUCCCAGGAGAAUCCAUCUACAAGUCCUGCUCUUGACGUCUCGCAGGCAGCAGCAGCUAGCGCGAGCCACUCCGGUGCAAGCGCUGCUCGGUCCGACAGUGAGCCUCAGAGCGCAGGAUGGAGAGGCUCACUGACAAGCUGGAUGAGGGCCGGAAGCGUCACGCCUGCAUGA